ACAGAAAAUGGCAAACGCCAGAACCAGCAGAAGAGUUUUAUUUUUUCUUUGUUUUAUUUUUUUCAUGAGCUGUAGGGUUCCGAUUAAUAUUUUUAUUUUCUUUGAAGUUUGGAAUUUAUAAGCUUCAAAUAUCACACAGAGAGAGAAAGAUAAUAGAGCUUCUCUCCUCCACAAUCACUCUCCCUCUCUCUCUCCUUCUUCUUCUAGGUUUUUAUUUACGGAUGAUGAUGAACAAAGAUAUGUGGCUUCAUCAUCAACAACAAGUGGAAGAAAACAUGUCCAAUCUAACAUCAGCUUCAGGAGAUCAAGCGAGUGUGUCUUCAGGAAAUAGAACUGAAACUAGUGGUUCCAACUUCCAUUACAACAUUAAUCCAAAUCAGCAGCAAGAACAGUGUUUUGUUCCACAAUCAUCUCAGAAGAAGAAGAGAAACCAACCAGGCAAUCCGGACCCUGAAGCAGAAGUGAUGGCUUUAUCACCAAAAACACUAAUGGCAACAAACAGAUUCAUAUGCGAGGUCUGCAACAAAGGGUUCCAAAGAGAUCAAAACUUGCAACUUCACAAGAGAGGACACAAUCUACCAUGGAAGCUUAAACAAAGAUCAAACAAAGAUGUGAUAAGGAAGAAAGUUUAUGUGUGUCCAGAGCCAAGCUGUGUCCAUCACCACCCAUCACGAGCUCUCGGAGACUUGACCGGAAUCAAGAAGCAUUUCUUUAGAAAACAUGGCGAGAAAAAAUGGAAAUGUGAUAAGUGUUCGAAGAAGUAUGCGGUGCAAUCAGAUUGGAAGGCUCAUGCUAAGACUUGUGGCACUAAAGAAUACAAAUGUGACUGUGGAACUCUCUUUUCUAGGAGGGAUAGUUUCAUAACUCAUAGAGCAUUUUGUGAUGCAUUAGCAGAAGAGAGUGCAAGAGCCAUACCAAAUCCUAUUCUCAUCCAAUCUUCUUCUUCUUCCCCUUCUCAUCAUCAUCAAACACAACAAAACAUCAAUUUCUCUUCUUCUUCUUCUUCCCAAAACAUCAUCAGCAACAAUAAUCUCCAUGGUCAUGAAUUUUCAAUGAAGCAAGAAGAAUCACAUCAUCACCACUUCCAAAACAUCCCUUCCUGGCUUGCCUCGUCAAACCCUAACCCUAAUGUCAACAAUGGUAACUUCUUCCCUCUUGCUUCUUCUUCUGCGACCACCGGAAUAAGAUCCAACUUCAACCACUCCUCAUCUCCGGCUAUGUCAGCCACAGCUUUGCUCCAGAAAGCAGCUCAAAUGGGUCCAAAAAACUCAACAACUACUCCUGAGGAAGAAGAGAGGUCGUCUUCAAGGUCAAGCGCCUAUAAUAACCUCAUCACGACUACAAUGGCCGCUGCGAUGAUGACGUCACCAUCAGAACCUGGAUUCGGGUUUCAAGACUACUAUAUGAUGAAUCCUCCUCCUCAUCAUCAUCAUCAAAGCGGAGGAGAAGCUUUUAACGGUGGUUUUAUCACCGGAGACGAGAAGGACGACGUCACCGUCGACGGUGGAGGAGAGACGAGGGAUUUCUUGGGGCUAAGAUCGUUAAUGUCUCAUAAUGAGAUUCUAAGUUUCGCUAAUAAUCUUGGAAACUGUAUCAACAAUACUUCUGCUUCAGAGCAACAACAACAACAACAUAGCCAUCAAGAUUAGGUACUAGCAUAUGUAUAGAGAUUUUUAUAUAACGUUAAUUAAAUAUAUAUGUUAAGUAUUCUCGGAAAGAUAAUCAUCAUCACGGUGCAAGCAACGUUA